AUGGCGGCCAACCAUCAUCCCUCACCGACCAUGAUGAUGGGCCAGCAGCACCAACAGCAACAGCAGCAGCAGCACCAUCAUCAGCAUCACCCUCCUCCGGGUCACACUAGCCACCCGCCUCACUGGGCCGGCCCAACGUUAACUCAGUCGAUUGCCGGCGUUAACGAGCAUGUGUGGCUUCAGAUUGGAAGUUUCUCGGAGCUCCUGCGCGUCCCUGACGAGGCGUUGCAUGCUUACGAGCGCGCGAUGCAAGCGAACCCCAAUUCCACAGCGGCCAUGAACGCUAUCGGCAUGCUGUACAAGGGCAAGGAAGCCUACGAGAAGGCGCUCGAAUUCUUCCGCACCAUUGUGCAGAUGGAGCCUCAGAACGGCGAGGCCUGGGGCAACCUCGGCCAUUGCUACCUCAUGUCGGAGAACCUGCAAAAAGCAUACGACGCGUAUCAACAGGCACUAGUUAACAUGCGCGACCCGAAAGACCCCAUGCUGUGGUAUGGCAUCGGUAUACUAUACGACCGCUACGGCAGCUACGACUAUGCAGAAGAGGCGUUCUCCCAAGUCAUGCAAAUCCAGCCCGACUUUGACAAGGCCAAUGAAAUUUACUUUCGCCUUGGAAUCAUAUACAAAGGCCAAAACAAGUUCCAUCAAAGUCUAGAGUGCUUCAAUUACAUCGUCAACUCGCCACCUGCACCGCUAACCCGGGACGAUAUCUGGUUUCAGAUCGGCCACGUCCACGAGCAACAGAAGCAAUACGACAACGCGAAGGCUGCCUACAACCAAGUGCUUGAUAACACGCCAAACCAUGCCAAGGUUCUACAGCAACUGGGUUGGCUCCAUCACCAACAGAGCAGUUCAUUUGAGUCGCAAGAGCGCGCUAUUGCGUACUUGGAGAGAUCGGUUCAAGCCGAUGGCCAAGACUCACAGAGCUGGUACCUCCUCGGACGUUGCUACAUGUCGCAGCAGAAAUACCCCAAAGCCUACGAGGCCUACCAGCAAGCUGUUUACCGCGAUGGCAAGAACCCGACGUUCUGGUGCUCGAUUGGUGUUCUCUACUACCAGAUCAACCAGUACAGAGAUGCGCUUGAUGCGUACAGCCGCGCCAUUCGCCUCAACCCCUUCAUCUCCGAAGUUUGGUACGACCUUGGUACUCUGUAUGAAUCUUGUAAUAACCAGGUUACUGAUGCCAUGGACGCCUACCAACGCGCAGCCGAGCUUGACCCCGACAAUCCGCACAUCAAGGCUCGUCUUCAACUGCUGCGUUCCGGAACCAACGGGGGCCCACCGCCGGCCGCACCGCAGCCAGCUGAUGUCCACCCCAAUACCUACCAGGCUUCGGGACCUCAGGGACCCUCUUGGGGCGGCCCGCAGCAGCAUCCUCCGAGCGGCGGCCCUCCUCCCCCAGCGUCACAAGGGGGUGCUGCGGCUGGCGAGAACUGGGCUGGUCGCCUGGCCGGUGUCAACCCGCCAUCCCAGCCUGCGAACCCAUUCAACGAGCGUAGCGAGGGCUAUCGUGGACAGGCCUUGCCUGGACCCCAGCGCCAGCCAACGCCGCAGCAAGAAGCGCACAUGCGCCAGGGCUAUCCUGAGCCUGGCCGCGGGGCUCCUCCUCCACGCCGUGGUCAGUCGCCUCCGCCGAGUGCUCACCAUUAUGGUCAACCACCGCCAUCUUCGCACGGGCAAACUCCUGGUCACCCACCAGGGUCGGAGGGCCGAAUCCCCAACCCCAACUGGGGCGGCGCAGCACCAUCACCGGCUGGGCCUCCCCCAAGCCACCUGAACGGCGCGACUCACUCCAACGGAGGCACGCCUUUCCGUGCCAACAACAGCCCUCGUCCCGACGGUCGUCCUCCCCUCGGCCCACCUCACGGGCCUCCUCCCCACGACAAUCGCAUGCCGUCGCCCACUUCGGCUUAUCCUCAGCACCAGCCGCCCAUGUACCCAGCUCAUCACCAUGAAGGUGCGCACCCUGGUGCGCCCGAGAGCAAUGCGGCCCAAGCACCUUCAUCCGUACCGGGCGGUGAGCAGAGGCCUGCGGACGAGCGCCCGACGUCGACAGGGCCUGGCCCCAAGCGCAUGCGUGAAUGGGAGGAAGAGAGCGCGGUCAAGAAGCCGGCGAGCGAGGAGAACCGGGCUCGCCUCGAAGACGUGCGCCAUCGACGACCGUCUACCCCGCGACGGGAAUCUUUUCGACGCAACUCUGAAGCGAGACGUGCGGAGGAUCAAAAGCGAAACGAGGACCAGAGGAGGGCCGAGGAGCCCCCGCAGGCCAAGGAGGCCUAUCAUCCCUCGGAAGCGGCGCAUCACCAAGGUCAUCAUGCCAGUGGCGCCCAGGGACACCCAGGGCAAGCACCGAGCCCAGUGGCCUCCGCCGCCCACGAGAAGCCCCGAGCCGAGGCGGCGCCCAAAGAGGAGCCGGCGGCCGCAGAGUCGACACCUGUUGCCCAGCCGACGCAGGCCGCGCAGCCGGCCAACGAACCUGAGCGAGCGGCUCGCAAGAUGGACGUGGACGAGGACUAUGACGACAGUGGAGAGGACGAGAAGAAGGCCGCGCACACGAAUGGCACAGUGGCCACCGCACCAGCCGCCGCAGUGGACAGCAAGACGUCGCCCAAGAGCACCAGCGGGGUGGCCAACGGCGGGUCUACCGCCAGCGCUGCGGAGUAG